AUGCGAGCCAAUCUCACCACAAUUCGCCACUCGGGUGCGCAGCUCCGCCUGCGCCUUGCACCAGUCGCCGUACCAGCAUACCAGCGCCGCUUCAAAACGUCCAAAGACGGCGAAGAAGGACAGUUCAAGGCUGUGACGGCGUCACAGUCUGGCCACGAGCCAACGGAGAACAAGUUGUCGAAGCCUCCGCACAAAGCGGCCCAACCCGAGGUGAAGCGUAAGACGCCGACUGCGUGGGGUUCGGAGAAGGAAAAGUCUACAGAGAAAAAGGACAAGACAGAUCGGCUAUAG